CGCAGCGGGACGCCCUGUCCAACCCGGCCCGACAGGUGAACCCUCUCUCCCGGGACUCUCUGUCACAAAGAUCCCCGUUCCGCGCAAGGUAAACCCAGACUGUUGUUGUGGGGAUCGGGAGUGGCUUCCCCGUCCCACCCCGGAGCCCGGCCACCGCCAUGCGUCUGACGGGAUCCCCCAGCCGGCUGCCGAGGCGGGAGGAUGGGCCGGGGGGCCUCCACCCAUCUCUUCACCUCAGAGUGUGGAAGAAAGGACGGAUGGGGGUUUGAUUUCAUCCUUUAAAGAGAGGUUUGGACAGGGUCGUGGAUGGGUGAGGCAGAACAGUAGCCUGGCACAGACUAGAUGGGCUGAAGAGCCUGUUGUUGUGAUACCUACCUCUACCCUUUCCCCUUUCAUCUGGUUCCAUAUGCCCAAUACUCUCUGCAUGAAGAAUUCCCCCCCCCCACACCUCCCAUGUUUUUUCUAAAUCCUUCACCCUCUCAAUUUAAACCUAUGCCCUCUAAAAGAAAGACUGCGGUUUUAUACACCCCCUCAGUUUCCUACACUUCAAGGAUUAAAGUCCCAACCUGUACAAGCUUCCCCUACAAACCAGGCCCUCAAAUCCUGGCAAUAUCCUUGUGAACCUUCUCUGCACUCUUUCUAGCUGAAUGACACCCUUUCUACAGGAGGGCUCCCAACCCUGGAGGCAAUACCAUCCCAAGCGCUUCUUCAGCCCUCCGCCCCUGCAUAGGCCCCCAAAGCAGCUCACCAGAGUCCCCCGUCCUGAGCAAGUUCUCCCGGGUGUAGCCCACCAAAGAUCCUUCCUCUCCCAGGGGUGAGGUUUCUGGAAUUUCUGUUGGCGCUUCGGGUUUUUAAGGGAUGGGAUUGCCAGCCUCCGUGCCCAACUCUCCACCCACGGCGGACUUAAUGUCUGGUGUGACUGGAACAAAAUUUUCCAACAACUAUACCUGUUGCCCACACUGAUGAAGGCCAGUGGGCCCUGAGAUCUACUCCACCACUUUGUCCAUCCGCGAUGCCACUCAGUCAAUCAUUGCCGAGUCUGGUUAAUCCAGCCGAUCCCUGAAUACACCCAAGCACUGCUCCCUGCAGGGCGGCUGAAAAUCCCAGGAAUCUCCUUUUCACCUCCAAAGUGGAGACACAAGUUGAAAGCUUUUGGCCCAUUGGCCUUUAUAAAUCAAUAUAUUGACUGCAGGAGAUGGGAUGUUAUGUUGAAGUUGGACAAGACAUUGGUGAGGCCUAAUUUGGAGUAUUGAGUGCAGUUUUGGUCACCGACCUACAGGAAAGAAGAAAACAAGGUUGAACGAGUACAGAGAAAAUUUACAAGGAUGUUGCCGGGUCUGGAGGACCUGAGUUAUAAGGAAAGAUUGAACAGGUUAGGACUUUAUUCCUUAGGAUGUAGAUGAUUGAGGGAAGAUUUGAUAGUGGUGUACAAAAUUAUGAGGGGUAUGUAUGUAUUAUGAGAGGAAAUGUAAGCAGGCUUUUUCCACUGAGGUUUGGUGGGACUACAGCUAGGAGUCAUGGGUUAAGGGUGAAAGGUGAAAAUUUUAAGGGGAACGUUGAGUAAGCGUUUUGCCAACAGACCUCUGUCAAACAGGUUAAAAAUUCACUGUUACACUCCCCUUCCCCUCCCCAGUCGUGAGUUCCAAUCCACAGGGACAAUCCGAAGGGAAUUUUGAAAGACUGUCGCUGAUUGUCAACCGCAGCACGUACUACAGAACGGCAAGAGGUCUCUGCAGGAUCCUUGCAGUUAACACACCCAGUUGUUCAGCUUAUUCUCUGCUGUGCUUCCCCCUUCAAACACUGAUUGCGUUCCCCUUCAAACGUCAGGGUUGGAUCCUCCCAGUCGGACACUGCGUCCCACAGGCAACCAAGAGUUUCACCUCUUGUUAUACAUAUAGCGAGCGCAUUAUCGGGUACCUGCUGUGCCUCACCAAAACUCGAUCAGUAGUUCAAAAACGUCUACAGAUGUACCGUGGAGAGCAUUCUGACCAGCUACAUCAGCCUCUGGUGUGGUGGGGGGGGGGGGGCGCUACUGCACAGGGUCAAAGCAAGCUGCAGAAACUUGUAAAAGUUAGUCAGCUCUGUCACGGGCACCGGCCUCUGUCGUGUCCAGGACAUCUUCAAGGAGCGGUGCCUCAAAAACGCAGCGUCCAUCAUUAAAGACCCCAAUCACCCAGGACAUGCCUUUUUCUCACUGUUACCAUCAGGGAGGAGGUACAGGAGCCUUAAGGCACACACUCAACGAUUCAAGAACAGCUUCUUCCCCUCUGCCAUCGGAUUCUUGAAUGGGCAUUGAACUCAUGAACACUGCCUUACUACUUUUUUAUUUCUGUUUUUUUUCUGCAAAACUUAUUUUAACUUGUCUAUUCAUUAGAGCUAUAUAUACUUUCUAUAAUUCAGUUUUUUUCUCUAUAUUUAUUUAUCAUGUAUUGCAUUGUACUGCUGACGUGAAGUUAACAAAUUUCACGACAGAUGCCGGUGAUAUUAAACCCGAUUCUAAUCAUUCCACAGAGAAACAAGACUUCCUGAUUGGAUCUCGUCAACUUUAUUUAUGAAGGGUGUUGGGGGGGACACAGGUCAGGAACAGGCUGAUGGAUCUGGUAAGAUGACACCAUGAAUAACUCACUCAAAGUGCUGGGGGAGUUCAACGGGUCAGGCUACAUUUGUGGAAUGGGAUUCACCAAGCUUUUUCUUUGCGUCGUGGACCAAUACCAGGCUGGGAACACCUGGGAUGAACAGUCGCGGUCUCGGGCCGAGAUCCGUCAUCGGGACCGCCUUGUCCUGGAACGUCGACUGUUGACGUUUACUGUGUUAAACUGGACAACCAGCAUCUGGUGUUUAAAUUGGUUCGGUAGUUCCAUUUAAUAGCAGAGUUUAAUACCUGAAAUUCAUACUUUUCACAGACAGCAUCGAAACAGAAGAAUGAGUGGCGAUAAACGUUAGAAGUCCAAAGCCCUCCCCCGUCAGUUCUCACCCCCUCCACCCACCAUGAAAACAAUAGCAAAGCCCCCCACCCCCAAGAGACCAUAAUCUAGAGUCCGUAACCCGUCACUUUGACGUGCCACAGGCUUUCCAGAGAGUGAGGGGGAGAGAAAGGGGUGUCACCCCCUCCACAGUGCCUCGCCGUUUGGACGGUUACAGCUUAUUCGAGCUCACCUGACCCCAGAACCAGCAGACUCUUCCCCCCCCCCCACUCCUCCCCAACGAGAAUGCGAGAGCUGGUACCACGGCUGGUGCAGGCAUGUCCCGCCCCUGCUGUGGGUGCUUGCUCUUGUCCACACUGGGCUAUAAACGUGCAGGAGCAGUGUGUGGUUAACUGCCUUGCUCAAGGACACACACGCUGCCUCGGCUGGGGCUCGAACUAACGACCUUCCGAUUGCCAGCCCAAAGCCUUAACCACUCAGCCACGUGCCAACGCAGGUGACCCUCGCCGGCCCGAGAUGCGGAGGAGGCUGCUGCCGUGGGCGGCCGGCGCCCUGCUGCUCUACCUGCUGGCCCUGCGGACCCUGCGCCAGCCCCCGGCCCCGGCCCAGGCCCCGGGCGCCCGCUUCUGGAAGGCCCCGUGCCCGCUGCGGCCGCUGUGGAGCCAGGACCUGCUGGAGCGGCAGCAGCGGGUGCGCCGGAGCCCGAGCCGCGACCGAGCCCCCGGCUGCGGGCCCGACCGCCGGGUGGAGAGCCGCGUCGCCGACUUCCAGCAGCUGCCGCAGGCCGUGAAGGACUUCCUGCUGUACCGGCGCUGCCGCCGCUUCCCGCGGCUGCUGGAGCCCCGCGGCGUCUGCGGCCGCGGCCUGCGCCUCCUCAUCGCCGUCAAGAGCACGGCGUCGAGCUUCGGGCGGCGCCAGGCCAUCCGCCAGUCGUGGGGAGGCGUGGGCCGGGCCGCGGGCGUCGGCCUGGUCUUCCUGCUGGGCGUGGAGGAGGCGGCGGACGGGCGGCCGGACCUGGCCGGCCUGCUGGCCUGCGAGAGCCGCCGCUUCGGCGACCUGCUGCAGUGGGCCUUCCGCGACACCUUCCUCAACCUGACGCUGAAGGAGGUGCUCUUCCUGCCGUGGCUGGGCCGCCACUGCCCCGGCGCCCGCUUCGUCUUCAAGGGCGACGACGACGUCUUCGUCAACACCGAGCGGCUGCUCGACUACCUGGACGGCCCGGAGGCGGACCCGGCCCUCGGCCGCAGCCCCGACCUCUUCCUGGGCGACACCAUCCUCGGCGCACAGCCCUGCCGCAACCCGGGCCUCAAGUACUACGUGCCCGGCGCCUUCUACAGCGGCCCGUACCCACCGUACGCCGGCGGCGCCGGGGUGCUCUACACCGGCCGGCUGGCCCGCCGGCUGGAGCGGGCGGCCAGGGCGCUGCCCCUCUUCCCCAUCGACGACGUCUUCACCGGCAUGUGCCUGCAGAGACUGGGCCUGGCGCCCACCGCGCACGCCGGCUUCCACAGCUUCGGCAUCAACGAGAGCCAGCGCUGGGAGCCGUGCGCCUACCGCCGCCUCUUCAUGGUGCACGCCCGGAGCCCGCAGGAGCUGAUCCUGCUCUGGAGGGUGCUGCACGGGGGCAACCUCACCUGCGGCUGAGGGGAGGCUGGGGACUGGGGGGGUGCACGGUGGGUGGUGGAUACAGAGGAGGGGGCACCGGUGUGGAGC